UUACGGCGCUGAAUGUAACUGUGUAACCUCCCACAUUUUGAUGAUGGAGGCAUCUUAAAACGGGAGCUCAGCUUUACAGUUCAAAGCACUUCUUUGCAUAACACAGAGCUGUGCAGAAAACUCUGUGUUGUGCAUAUUAGUGGUUAUAAAGGAUUAGAUUGUUUUCCUCUAUUUUUCUUAAAAAUGAAGGAAUUUGGCCAGGAAAAGGACAACCCAAAAGUCAGGGACUAUGACACCAUCACCUCUUUCAUUGGGUCCUGGGGACCCUUUCAGAGGAGGAUUUUUUUUGCAUUGGCCAUCAGCAUCUUACCGAAUGGAUUUACUGGAAUCUAUAUCGUAUUUGUAGGUGACACCCCACCUCAUGAAUGCAGCAUUCCCGAGAACAACAGCAUCAGCGAGAUGUGGAGAAAUGUGACAAUUCCACUGGAAACAGUCGAUGGAGUCACAAAGCGCAGCUCUUGUUGGAGGCUUAACUUGGAAACAGUCAGGAACUACUCUCAAAAGAACAUUAUCCCAAAUGUAGAUGUGAACGUGAGUGAAAUUCCUUGGGAAAAGUGUUUGGAUGGAUGGACAUACAGCAAGAAAAUCUACCAGUCAACUAUAGUUACAGAUUGGGACUUGGUAUGUGAUGAUGCAUACAAAUCUCCAUUGACCACCUCUAUUCAUUAUGUUGGGGUACUAGUCGGAACUAUGGUAUCAGGCCAGAUGUCUGACAGGUUUGGAAGGAAGCCGCUUCUCUUUGUCAUGAUGGCACUUCAAACUAUAGCGAUUACAGCACAGAUCUUCUCUCCCAGCUGGGAGAUCUUCACCUUCAUUUUUUGUCUUGUGGGUGCUGGAGGAUACUCCAACUACACAAUAGCAUUUGUUCUGGGAUCUGAAAUUCUCAGCCCCAGAACCCGGGUUAUCUUCUGUUCCCUUGGAGUUUUUAUGGGCUCAGCUGUAGGUUACAUGGCCAUGCCUGCUGUAGCCUACUUCAUCCGUGAUUGGAGAAUGCUGCUGAUUGCAAUGGCUGUAUCUGGACUCAUCUACACUCCUCUGUGGUGGUUGCUCUCAGAGUCUCCUCGCUGGCUGCUUUCUCAAGGGAGAGUAAAAGACGCAGAAGCCAUUCUUAGAAAAGCUGCAAAAAUGAAUAGAGUAGAAGUCCCUCAGGACAUUUUUAGCCCAGCUGAGAUUGAAGAUGCUUUGUCUAAGAGUGGUGAGAAAAUAAAUCCAUUGGUCAUCCUGAAAAGCUGCAAUAUAGCAUCUAUUACAUUGUUAUGUGCCAGUCUGUGGAUGAUCAUCACCAUUAGCUACUAUGCUUUGCUCCUUAACACUUCAAAUCUUCAUGGUGACCCCUUCCUAAACUGCUUCCUGUCAGCUGUGACAGAAGUUCCAGCAUACAUAAUUGCCUUGUUGCUGCUGCGGUUCUGCUCCAGACACCUGUGUCAGUCCUCCACUCUUUUCCUCGGAGGCGUCAUGAUCCUCUGUGUUCGACUUAUACCCAUAGAUUUACCCACUGUGGCUGUGCUUCUUGAGAUGUUAGGAAAGUUUGGAGUGACUGCAGCGUUCUGUGUAGUUUAUUCCGUCACAUCAGAGCUCUUCCCCACUGUUAUCAGAAAUACAGCAAUGGGCUGCUGCUCCAUGGCUGCCCGUAUUGCCACUAUCAUCUCUCCUUUUAUUAUUUAUCUAGGGAAAUACUACAAGGCACUCCCGUACAUUGUGAUGGGUGUUUUAGCCAUUGCUGGUGGGAUUAUCUGCUUCUUGCUGCCAGAGACGUAUGGGAAGGCGUUGCCAGAGACCAUACCUCAAAUGCAGUACAUCUGCGGGAGAAGAAGACAGAAGGAAACAGAAACUGUGGAGAAAGAGUUUGUCUCCCAAACUAAAGAAACCAAGUUAUAGCUAGUUAUAGCCUCUGUUAAUGUUAAUGUUAAUGUUAAUGUAGUUGCAUUUAGUUUUUUGUCUUAUACAUUUUUAAUGUGGAACAUCUUUAUGAAAUAUGUUUGUAUUGUCUAUGUUGUCUUCACAGCUGCUGAUUAUUUUAUUUACUUACUUCAGCGUUCCUUAAAUAUCAAACCUGCUUUGUUUUAUUGACAGACAGUGUAACCGUACCAAUUCUUAUUGCCUCAUCUCACUUGCUAAAUGAAGAGCGCACAUCCAACUAUUGUGACAGGGCUUACAGGUCGCGUCUCAUUGCAGUUCUUUUUGCAGCAAUGAAUUACAAAAUUAAAUGUUCAGUAAGCUUUUGUGGUUGCAAAGUUGGGCUUGUGUUCAAUUAUGUAGCACUGCAAGUUUGUACAUACUAACUUUGGGAAUAUUAAAACUAUUUAAAGCAUG